AUGUCGUGGCCACUGACAGUCCGUGAGAUCGUGCUCGACGCCCAGGCCCAGCCAAUGGUUGACGACGUUACCGGCGUCCAUGUCCAGCCAGUGGACCACACUCCCUGGUGGAUGUGUCCCCUCUGGACAAAUGGGUUCAAUGCAACCAUCGUCUCGCCGGCAAGCCUGGAGAAGAAGAAGAGGUAUAGGUUUUCCCACCCCAUUUGCAAGACUGAGUAUGGCAAGGUUAUCCACAAGGACCAGUCAGCCAUUCCCCGAUGGCCACUGAAGCCAAGCUUGCCGUGUUUGACAGCAAGCCUUCGAAAGCACGACACGAUCAUUACAUUUUACGAGCCAUGCGGCAAGAUUUACGCCUGUGACUCUUGUGCCAUUCACAGUGUUAGAGCCGACAAGUGUAGCCUGAGCGGCAAGCACCUCACUGUCAAGUCGGCCAUUCCCGCAGCCUGGGACACGAUGCUGACCUAUAUUACCAAUGGUACUCCCUGCCACGGUGUCUUGAACGUGGAUGACCCAUGUGGAUCCUUGUAG